AGUAACAGCAGCAAAGCCAUGACCAGCUCCUCCUUCCCUUCUGGAAGUCUCAAGGAUCGCUUCUACCCAGAUGUUUGAAGUCCUGUAGAUGUGGUCGGCGUCCCUGAGAACGAAGCAGAGUGCACGGGCUGAGCACUGAGAAACAGCAGCCUGGGACAAGGCUGAUUCAGCCUCCCGGCUUCCAGGAGAAGAUUGUAAACCCACCAGGAGAAUGAGUGAAGAGACCGUCCCCGAGGCUGCCUCCCCGCCGCCCCCGCAGGGGCAGCAGUACUUCGACCGCUUUUCUGAGGACGACCCUGAAUACUUGCGCCUUCGCAGCCGCGCCGCGGACCUGCGGCAGGACUUCAACCUGAUGGAGCAGAAGAAGCGUGUCACCAUGAUCCUGCAGAGCCCGUCUUUCAGGGAGGAGCUGGAAGGCCUCAUCCAGGAGCAGAUGAAGAAGGGGAACAAUUCCUCCAACAUCUGGGCCCUGCGGCAGAUCGCGGACUUCAUGGCCAGCACCUCCCACGCAGUCUUCCCAGCAUCUUCCAUGAACUUCUCCAUGAUGACGCCCAUCAAUGACCUCCACACAACUGACACCUUGAACCUGGCCAAGGGGGAGCGGCUCAUGCGAUGUAAGAUUAGCAGUGUGUACCGUCUCUUAGACCUUUAUGGCUGGGCCCAGCUGAGCGAUACCUACGUCACGCUGAGAGUCAGCAAGGAGCAGGAUCACUUCUUGAUUAGCCCUAAGGGAGUUUCUUGUAGUGAAGUCACCGCAUCCAGCCUGAUCAAAGUGAACAUCCUGGGAGAGGUGGUGGAGAAGGGCAGCAGCUGUUUCCCAGUGGAUACCACGGGCUUCUGUCUGCACUCGGCCAUCUACGCAGCCAGACCCGACGUGCGCUGCAUCAUCCACCUGCACACGCCAGCCACAGCAGCCGUGUCGGCCAUGAAGUGUGGCCUCCUGCCUGUCUCCCACAAUGCCCUGCUGGUGGGGGACAUGGCCUACUACGACUUCAAUGGUGGGAUGGAGCAGGAAGCAGAUCGAAUCAGCCUGCAGAAGUGCCUUGGACCCACCUGCAAGAUCCUGGUGCUAAGAAACCAUGGAGUGGUUGCUCUAGGUGACACCGUGGAGGAGGCGUUUUAUAAGAUCUUCCACCUGCAGGCUGCAUGUGAGAUACAAGUGUCCGCCCUGUCCAGCGCUGGCGGAGUGGAGAACCUCAUCCUCCUGGAGCAGGAGAAGCACCGACCGCACGAAGUGGGCUCCGUGCAGUGGGCAGGGAGCACCUUCGGACCCAUGCAGAAGAGCCGGCUGGGGGAGCAUGAGUUUGAGGCCCUCAUGAGGAUGCUGGACAACCUGGGUUACAGAACAGGCUACACAUACCGCUAUCCCUUUGUUCAAGAGAAAACCAAACACAAAAGCGAGGUGGAGAUUCCAGCCACCGUCACAGCCUUCGUGUUUGAGGAGGAUGGUGUUCCAAUGCCUGCCUUGCGGCAGUACGCCCAGAAACAGCAGAAGGAGAAGACCCGUUGGCUCAACACGCCCAACACCUACCUACGGGUCAAUGUGGCUGACGAGGUCCAGAGGAGCAUGGGCAGCCCCCGGCCCAAGACCACAUGGAUGAAGGCUGAUGAGGUGGAGAAAUCUAGCAGUGGCAUGCCAAUACGGAUCGAAAACCCAAACCAAUUUGUGCCUCUCUAUACCGACCCCCAAGAAGUGCUGGACAUGCGGAACAAGAUUCGAGAACAAAACCGACAAGAUGUGAAGUCGGCCGGGCCUCAGUCCCAGCUCCUGGCGAGCGUCAUCGCUGAGAAGAGUCGAAGCCCGUCUACAGAGAGCCAGCUGAUGUCCAAGGGCGAUGCGGAUACCAAAGACGACUCAGAGGAGACCAUGCCCAACCCCUUCAGCCAACUCACUGACCAGGAGCUGGAGGAGUACAAGAAGGAGGUGGAGAGGAAGAAACUAGAACUUGACGGAGAGAAAGAAACCACUGCAGAGGAGCCCGGCUCCCCUGUAAGGUCUGCACCUGCUUCUCCAGCACAGAGUCCAGUGAAGUCAGAGACGAAGAGCCCCCCGCUCUCUCCCUCCAAGUCUUUAGACGAAGGUGCUAAGAAGACAGAAACAAGCAAAGCCACCACGGAGCCUGAAACAACACAGCCAGAAGGAGUGGUGGUCAAUGGGAGGGAGGAAGAACAGACCGCAGAGGAAGUUCUCAGCAAGGGCUUGAGCCAGAUGACCACCAAUGCCGCCGACACGGAUGUUGAUACCUCUAAGGACAAAACCGAGUCGGUCACCAGUGGCCCCAUGUCCCCAGAGGGCUCACCUUCCAAGUCUCCCUCCAAAAAGAAGAAGAAAUUCCGAACCCCAUCCUUCCUGAAAAAGAGCAAAAAGAAGGAGAAAGUGGAGUCCUGAUUGGUGGUAUUCUCAUCGGUACCCUCUCCCUCCACCCCUUCCCUUCUCCCAUCUCUGUCCCUGGAAGCACAGGGCCAAGGAAGGAUAGCAUAGGACCCUGGAUCACACUCUGAGGGAGAACUAAGAGAUCACCCACCCAACCCCUCAUUUUACAGUUGCCCCAGAGAAGUCAGGUGACUUUCCCAAGGUCACACAGCUAGUUAGUGGCAGAGCCAGCACUAGACUUCGGGUCUCCUGGCCCCUAGUCCAGUGCUUUUCCACUACACAACACUGCCUAGUUGUGGGCCACCUUUGUGAGGUUGCUGCCCACCAAUCUGAGCCCAGGGCAGAAGGCCAGAGUGGGCUGCAAGCUCGCACAGCCUCAGACCAAAUCAGACAGGUGGAGGACCUUCUCCUGGGAAAGGUCCUUUUCCUUGCAGGAAUCCAAUCUCCUGCUGAUGGAGCUGUCACAGUUUAAAACUCUCUUUCCCACAGGGUCCCUGCCCUGCUGCUUACAGUCACCAGACAAAUUGACCCGUUCCCCUCCAAAAGAAGUUAAUCUUUGUUCCCAAGGGCUGAUGGCUUAGCUCGUGCUUCCCCAACCACUAACCCUGAGCUUUCUUCACGGAACCUCCUGAGUGACUGGUGGACGAAGAAUUGUAAGAGUGGGCAGACGGGAGGGCAAGCCAAGUCAGCCGCAGGAUUCAAGUAGUUUAGUCAAUAUAAGAAGCCAGGAACUCGGCCCAUUUGAAUCGUGCAUCUCAGGCGCUUCAAACUUAAAACCAAAUUUAGCUUAGAGAAAAGUCUCACGCUCAGGGCAGAAAUUUGGGGAAAUUUAGAUCCUCUUUUGGCUUUGGGUUAUACCAGGAGGAUCAAAACAACACAGGAAAUGCUAUGCCUUUCUAGCUUUGCAUGACACAUGGAGCAAUGUGGCUCUACCUGUUUCACUCCUACCUGGCAGUCAGGUGUCUCCUGACUUCCCCGCAAACCUGGAACCUGGCUCACAUACUGGAACUGGCAUCUUACCCUUGGCUCCUUUGGGUUCCGACUCAGGUGCUCUGGGUCCAGCAGAGGAGAAUGAGAUGAGCCCUUCAAGAUUCAGUCUCUUGGAUCAUCUAGGAGAGAAAGCAGCUUGAGUGUCCUCGCCCUGUCAUGAUCUGUCCAUCCUGGGGCCUAGUAAGAGCUAUGGCGAUCGUUGUAAAUGCCAGCACUAUCUUUUCAUAUCCUUCCAUGGGACAUCGAUUAAUGAGCAUUGUUGGCUCCUAAAAAAUAGACAAUCCAUUCUCUUUAUAGCACAGUGUCUUCAAAGAGUAUUUUUCCUUUUUGUCCUGAUGAUUGUGAAAGUACUUUUGAAAGUUCUUAAUCAUAGUUUUCCACUUUUGAGCACUUACUUUCUAUGUAUAGACACUGUGGAGCUUUACAUUCGUUGCACCCUUUGACCGUCACGAUAACCUGUGAUGUGGGUAAGGUAUUCCCACUUUAUGAGUAAGGAAACUGAGCCCCAAAAGGACAAUUGACUUGCUCCAGGUGAUGUGGCUAGAAAGAUCAGGGCCUGGAUUUGACCCCAGGUCAGUUUGAGUCCAGAGCCUUUGUACUUAACAGUUGAUGAUGAUUAGAAAACUUGGAUCCCUAAGGAUGGUUGUUUUAGUCCAGGACCCUAUUCUGUGAUGGGACUCUGCCCUGUAAUGUCAGCACCUGGAAUGAAAGCAGGAAACUGCCUGUGUUCUCCCUCAUCAGUCACGUUAAGUUCCCAAUAAACGUGGAUUGUGGCGAGGCCAACGUGGACCUCCAGCAAAAGAGAGGCAGGAGCCUUCUGGUUGGGCCGGAGUACAGUUGGGCUAUUUCUUGAGAAGGAAGGAAACUGACACCUGACUAAGAAGAGCCCAGUGCUGCAUCUCUCUAAUUUGAGUCUUAACUGCUCCCCCAGCCCGUACUCUAUUCUACUUUCUGACUGGGUCUUGUGAUGGGCAACUCUAUGGUCAGGGGCAUCUAUGCCUCAGAAAAAGUCUGUGAUGUGGGAAAUGCCUUUAAAAGCCAAUCCUCUGAUGCCUUCUUUAAAAAAAUAGAUUUCACAUUCAUUCAUUCAUUCAUCCCUCACAAUAUUUGUUAAGCACCCACUAAGCAUCAGGCAUUAUGCUAUCAUUAAAAGAAAACAAUCAUUGUAGCUAGAAUAAUCAGCAGGAAACAAUGUUAAGAGUGCAGAGGACAUAACCAUUGACACAGCUUUUUGUGUUUGAGUGGUUGUAGCUCAGAGAUGAUGUUGACUUGACUCUGCAUUCAACAAAUUCUCUUUAUAAUAAUGAGGCCUCAUAGGAGAAAAUGCCAGAGCCUUGCUGGAACAUCAUCCUUGGAAUUUAUGCCAUGGUCCAUUUGCUCAUUCCUCAUACAAUCAAACAACAACAAAAAGCUCCAUGAGCUUGGGUCAUGGGUCCGACCUGAAAGCAGAACAUAGUCUCUGCCCACCGGAAGUUAAGUACAGGAGGCGUGGAGACAAGUUACCGAAAGGGCAAGAGGGCCGCGAUGGCAGAAGGAAGUAAUGGUUUACUGUCUUCUGGACCAGAGAAACUUUUCCUGAAAGAUACGAUGAUUGAGUUAGGUUUUCAGACAAAGAGGAAUUCUUCAGGAAGACAAAAGAGUUGGCGGGGUAUUCCUGAUGAGGGAAGAGAAUGUGCAAAGGCAUGGAAGCAUGAGACUCCGUGACAGGUCCACUGAGUGAUGUAGUAAUGGCAGAGCAUAAAGUGUGAGGGGAUAGGGGGCUUUGUUUCAUAGGUGGGCAUGGCUGCAUCAGAGAGAAACCUGUAGAAAAUGUGCAACUAGAUUUUUAUCAUAUAGGGGGUUUGGAGAUGCUGACGACUUACAGUCAGGGUAUCACAAUCAAGCUUGAAUUUUACAAAAAUCUCUUUGGCGGCUGGGUGGAGAAUGGCCUGGAGAGGAGGAGAGCAGGGAAGGCACAGGAGAUCUCAUAAUGGGGCCUUUCUGAAACGUCAGCACUGAAACAUGCUUGGUGGCCUGCCUCACACUACAUUUUCCUUUAUAGGAAAUAGCGUGCUUCUGGCACAGAAUUUUACUUCCCUAAAAUUCUUUGGAUAAAGCAUCUUAGAGAUUUUCAACAAGGAGAGGGAAACAUUCAAAGAGCUAAUGCUUGGUGCAGUUGGCAGGUCUGUUUUUGCCUUGCUGCAGAGUCGCCCGCAAGAGCUUUUGAGUCAUUCUGCCGAUUUCUUCCACCCUCACACACCCAGGAGGUGGCACCCUUAGCUCCAGGCUUAAGGUGCUGCACUGGUGGCUGUUGCAGAGGACGUGCGGUCCAAGCAAAACCAGAGGUUUUAGAUGUUGGGCCAUUUCCUUUGGAUUUGGAUAAAAGCUGGAUGAAAACUUUGACCAGUGUCUCUUCUGGAGAAAACGCAUCUAUGGAGAACUCAGAAUGGGUGGGCAGUAGAUUCGUUUCUAGUAAAGCCACUGGGCCAGGAUCUGCCACAGAAAAGGAUGAGAACACGUGAGUCAGUCUGCAGUGUUCCGGAUGGCUGAGCUGGGCAGGGGGGAGGUUUUGAGGCCGUUUCCAUGGGAAGACAGACUGGGGCUGGGGCAGGAGGCAGGAGAUGGCUACAGAGAGACAAGUUGGCAAUGACUCUCUGUGUUGGUGGCUGGCACCCAGCAGUGAUGUGGGAGAACUGUCCACACCAUGUGACCUUUCUCAAACUUUGCAAAAAGCUCUGCUAAGAGGCAAGCCUCUAGCCCAAAUUUGUGCUCCAUAAGAGCCUUGUGGCCUGUAGUGACCCAGCUGUCCGACUUUGUCCAGGCUACACACAGAUAAAAACAGCCUUCCUCAACAGUGCUGUAAAGAAAAAUGGGGUUCUUCCUCUGCAGACAGGGAAGUUCUUUUUAAGGGACUUUUGGGGAUUUGAAUGAGGACCCUGGUCUAGUAAGAACCCAACUAAAAGCACUGCUCUCAUACUUUGAGUUUAUUCAUACUGAGCCUUGAAUCCUGCUCCUGGUGUCAAAUGCACUAUCACUCCUGAAUGAGGCAAGGCAGUCAUUCAGAUGUCAUUCAGCACCAUCAUAACAGGGCUAUCAUUCUUGUCAACAUGAGGAGAAGUGCUAUAAGGCCAUUCUCUGGUUACCAUGGAUUUGAAAGAACCAUUCACCCAACAACAUGAUUUACUUCUGAAAGCUGGAAAGUUGAAGAAAAAAAUGGAAUUUUCCAUGGAGGUAUCCAUGGGAGUGGGUAUACACAUGGCCUCCCGUUGGCCUGUAGCGCAUCAUUGCACAAGUGUAUUUUAUAUGUUCUAGUUCCAGGCCAAGAGUAUUUCCAUUUUUGCUGAACAAAUGAGAAAACAUACAGUCCUUACUUGUUUUCCUUAUACAGGUCAGCAGAAGCCCUUAAACUGGUUGGUACAGUUGCUGUUGACUCUCUGUAGAGGAAACAGGUUUUGUAUUUUCUCUUACCACUUGAGCCUAAGCAAUCUCUCAAAGAUGAUAACAUUCAAAGAGUCUCAGAAGAAAUUAGGGAUGAGGUAAAUCUAUGCUCUCCAUUCCCACAAUUGUUCCCCAUCUGAUCCAAAAAGGACAAUUUAAUGUGAAAAGUCAGAGGCUUGAACUGACUGAUGAAAUAUGUGCAUUGGUUAUUUCUCUCUUACAAUUGCCCUUGUGCCACAAUAUGAAAGAGCAGAUACAGGAGAGUGAUCAUUUCCAAAUCCCCUGCCUAGCCCACCUAUCCACUUGGAUGUCGCAUACUUUGGGCCAGAAAUAAAAGAGCAUGUCACCAGGGCACAUCCAACCCUCUUGAGCCUCUCGGUGAGAAGCCACCCUCACCCAGGAAUCAACGUAGGCAUUUCAGGUGGGGUGUCCUCCUUUAGUGGAGAAAUCUCCAUCAUUUUAUGUAGAUAGGCUUGUCUCUUUAGGAACAAUUAGAAUCUCCAGUUGAGGGUUUUCUUAAAAAUACAGAAGUGAUGGUUCCCAUUGGUUCACUUGGGUUUUGCCAAAUUGAUGUUUGGUGCCAUUUGCCUUCAAGAUGUCCCCAAAAGUUGGGUCAUUGCUAUGAGAAAUUGAGCCUGAAGAUGGAGAAAUGGUCACAGUCACUGACACAGGGGACACAGGUGUGGCUGGAGGCCGAGCCUCAGUAGCUUUCCCCAUGUGACAGCUCCUCUUCUCACCCACUGGUUCCCAAGGAGCAGAAGGCAAGUCCCUACCUCUAAGUAGCUUAAAGAAAACAUUGUGAGGGCUUGGGGUGGUGGGAGGAGAACUGUAGAAAAACCCCCAAACUCUUCUCUCUUCCACCAGGUCAUCUCAUAUAACUUUACAUCAUCUCCUUUUAAGUGGACCAAGGAUGGAGGGGUCACAUUUACAUACAUCAAAGCUCUUAUAAAACAGGACUGUAUUUUGGGGACCUCUGCCCCCACAUUUCAACCCCACCUCAUGCCUAGUGGGCCUGCUUUGAUCUCCGUGGUCUAGUCCACCUUUAAAUUCCUGCCAUCUAUGCUACAGCCGAGUCCAGUGCUGUGUUCAUCCCUCUUCCAGGAAGACUCAAAUUGGGAGAGGGUCCAGGGCCUGGGUUCACCUGGCUGGGCAUGCGGGGGUCUAGGUAGAGAGUGCCAUGUUCUCUAAAGCCGUGGAUGGUUUCAGUGAAAUGUCUGUGUCUGACAAUCGUCUUCCCUUGUACAUGCAUUGUCUGUGUUUAGCUUUUCCUAGUAUUGUGAUGUCUCAAAGAGGGGUUCCAUGUAAAUAUUCUUUCUGCUACUGAAAAUGCCAGCCCCCUGGAUCAUGCAUCAUCCCCACAAAUGGUUUUGCCUUUCUCUACGCUAACACUUCUUGAGCCACUGAUGUGCAGAUUGAUGAUUAGUUUCUUGGGCUUUUAUUUUGCAAUUUUAUAUAUAUAUAUAAUACACACAUAUAUAAUAUAUAUAUAUUUAUGGGUUGGUUUUGUAUAGUUUUCUGUUUGAAUCUCUGAGCACCAAAGCUGCCCUUGGAUUUUCAAGAGAACUUUCCAAAGCCACUUCCUGAGGCCUCCCACUCCCCCGCUGCUUUGGUGUUUGUGGUGCUGGGUGGCAUCUCUGCCCAUGAAUUUCUGUAUGUAUGUGCUGUUAUCUCACCUGCAGAUAUUACCCUAGUAAAUCUACCGUGCUUGGCU